AUGUCUCAUCCUUUCCUAACCGUGGAACCUGAAGUGGUGUUAAUGACUGCUGACGAGACAAAGACUCAGUUAACCUUGCAAGUCGUCUUCAAGGGAAUGGAUAAAUUGUCAGUCAAGUUUGAAUUCAAUGUGGAGAAGGAUACAGCAGAAGAAGUCGUAAAGGAAAUGAUUGAGGAGCAAGUCAUUCCUGAUAAUUAUCAACAGCUUAUCACACAUGAGAUAAAUCGCAUCCUACGGGAGAUCAACAAACAAGCAAUUGAAGAUGAGAACCGAGAAGAACAUAAAGUACCAUGGCCACCAGCAAAUCCCCCUGCGCCACCAUUUGCUGCAACGAUUUCACCACACCUACCACCUUCUAAACUUACACACCCCAAUCCUGCAGUAAUCGCCCUUGAAAGUGAAAGCCCAGAUAUUACAAUGGUCUCACAAGAACCACCAAUAAUACCUUCAGAACAAAUAGUAGCCUCAACGACAGCAACAGAUUUUCAAAAUGCCUUAGUAGAAACUCUUUCUGCAAAAGAAUAUUCGGAUGAUACCUCCAUUGAUGAUCUCGUUCGUGAUACUGCAAGUUUGACAAAACGUGACGAGAAAGCAGAUGAAUGGUUAGACAAAUUAAAAAAACAGGAUUUGAUGACCGUUGGUGAUCUGCGGGCACUUCUCGAUGGAGAUUGGCAAGGCAUAGGGUUGACCGUCUUUGCUAUGCGUGCUCUAAAGAAUGCAUUACAUGGUAAGACAUACCGCAACCCCAACUAA